AUGGCACUUAGUCCCAGAGAGAAUGCAAAAGAUGUUCCCUAUAGAAGACCAUCUAUGUUGGAGAUGCAGGUCAUCAAUAGGCACAUACCUUCAUGUCUGGUGUUUAGGGUGACAAAUCACAUCUUGCUGCUCACCGGUUCCUGUCAAGGCAGUAUGUGCCCUCAUCGAACACAGCCGUACAGAGUCAUGUGCCAGGAUCCACCUGUGUUUGUGUUUUUCGUGUGCCUCGUGACACUCUCUCUCACUUUUCUUGUCUUUGGAGUAUUUGUUGAUUCGUAUGAUGUGAGGGACUCUGAUUUAACACAGGACUGGCACACAUUCUUCAUGGCCCUCAGCUUACUAGAUGUCUGCCUUUUUGGAAAGGAAGCAGGCCGUGCAAACUCCACAGGCAUGGCUGGAAGUACACUUGCUGUUUCCAAAGGCCCCCCAGAGACCAUCGGAAACGUUUCCACCCUUGCUGUGCUAAGACUUCCCUCACAGUAUAUGGGCGCCAAUCACAGUAGCCUUCAGAUCGCUGUCACAGGCCAACAGCUUGGCAUUAAAGGUUUCCAUGGAGACGCCAGUUUGAUUAUUACAGUAUUUGCACUAGAAACCUCGACAGGCUGCAAUGACAGCAAAACAAACUGCCCAGUGAAGACUUGUGUUACUGUUAUCGGCCCACAGUCACUUCUGCCUAAAUCAAAGUCCCCAAUGCUGUGUCCCCGGCUUGAUCCCAACCCUAUGCUGGUUUUGUACCUGUCGGCAAGAAAACCAGACAUCACUGCAGAGUGUUACCGUGUGGGAUAUAUCCGAAACCCUCAACUGGAAGCUUGGAUCUCUAAGGCGGACCGGAAUAUAAACUCAAUACGCCUGAUCUGCUUGGCACUGACUCUCCUUGUGGUCGCCAUCUUGUUGUUCUGCAUGACCUGCAGUUCUAGCUCUCAGCCUGAUCAAGAAAAUAAACACCUGGGCGCACUGUGACGUGGCACAACUUCUGCCAUCUGCAAAGACUUACAUUUAUAAACUCUUCUUUGUUUUCUGGAGACUGUGAGCUGUUUUAUUCUAAAUAAACCUGCUGUGACUUUUAAGUCCUUUUCAAUUUUU